CCGUUGCUAGGGACGACCCCGUUUUGUACGUCAGUAAAAGGAACUGAAAACAACAACUUCCGGGUGGAGCGUGUAAACGAGUGUCCACGUGAAAAUCAAAUUGUGCAAAACGGACUCAGAUCAGGAUGUCAUUUUUGUGUCUGAAAAGUCUGUUUCUAAACCGGUAGAGAUCACAAUCGACCAGGAGAAGCGACUGGCCCUGCAAAGAGAAAUUGAUGUGCAAUCACAGCCUACGCAGCUACUCAAACGUUUGACUAAGCCAGCUGUUUGUGUAAAGAAGCUUGAAGAAAUAAAGAUGGAAGAGGACAACUGUGAAGAAAAUCUCAAACCGAAGAAAAAGAAGCAAAAGAAAAAAGCUUCUCAUCAUGAAAGUGAAAUUGGCACCAUGGAGGUGAAAAAAGAAAAAAAAUGUAAAAAGGUUAAAAUGGUGGCAAAGGAAGAGGAAGGUUUGAAUGAAAGUGGUGAGCAUGAAGAGAAAAAGAAAAUAAAGAAAAAAAGAAAAGUUGAUAGUAAUUUUGUGAAGGAGGCCAUCGAUGAGGAGAAAACCAUGAGCAAGAAGAAAAAGAAGACUCGGUUAGCAAAUGAUGAUAAACUAGAAAAUAUCCAGAUUGUUGUAAAGGAAGAAAAAGUAGAAAAGAGGAAGAAAUUAAAAGAUCCACCUAUACAAAACAAGACAGAAAGCAAAACAGAAGAGGAACAAAUUCAAAAAGAUGAAAUCCCUAAGAAAGGUAAAAAAAUAAAAUCUGAUGAUCUCACUGGAAACCCAGAGCAAAGUGGAAAUGUUAAAAAAAGGAAAAAGAAGAAAGACAGACUUUUAACUGCAGAGGGUGCAUUUACAACAAAAACUAAAAGGAAACUAAAAGUAGAAGAAAAUGGAACAAAGUCAGAAGAGCCUGAGAAGAGAAAACUGAAAAAGAAGAAGGAAGGGCUUACUUAUGGUUUGGAAGAAACUGAGAAAAGCAAAAAGAAACGAGAGACAAAAGUUGUCAAAAUUCUCAAGAAAUACAAAAACGACGACGAAAAAGAGACAUUUCCAGAAGAGGAGAAGGUCACAGAUGAAGGAAAGCCAAAGAAGAAGAAAAAGAGAAUAAAAGAAAAGCCUGGAACGAUUUCUGUGGAGGAUGUGAAUGAAGAAGAGACGGAGCCAAAGAAGAAAAGGAAAAAAGCAAAGGCUGAUGAGGAGAGCAGGGAAAAUUAUGUGACAAUGUCGGCAGACGCUCAGAUAAAAAAAGGCAAAAAGAAUAAAACCGUGUUGAAAGUGAAGAAGAUUGAUCCUGCAGCUAAAAAGAUCAAAGAAGAGCAAAAAGACUCCUACAGCGAAGAAAAUGACCUCCAGGUUUCCAUUGUGGACGUAGUUUUCCUGUCAAAGAAAAAUGGAAACACUGAUGAGAUCGACAUUAACCAGGACAGAAGAAAGGCUCUACAAAUGGAGAUAGAUGUGGCGUCUCAACCCAAGAAAACAACCAAACCAAUGGGUCUCGGCCAGUGGAGCACGGCUCAGUUCGACGACUCGGACCAGCAGCAGAAGUUCCUGCGUUUGAUGGGAGGCUUCAAAAAGGGCUUCCAGCCAGCUGUGGGGACAUCUGGAGGAGGCGGCAUGGCACUGGGAAAGGAUGCUCAGCAGCGACUGCAGCAAGGGCUGAUGGGAGAGUUUGAGCGAGCCCACUCACGCAGAAUGGACUUCAGUAAAAAGGGGGCGGGGCUUGGGUUUAACGCCCCACCCAAUAAAAAGUUCUUCAUUGAUGUCAAUGCAAGUCGAUCAAUUCGCUUUGAUGACUGAUCAGGAAGGUGGAUGUUUGGAUAAACCUUUUUUUUUUAUAUCAGCGUUGUAAAUGAGUUCAGUCUCGUUAGUUUCACUUUAGAGGUGAUCGAAUGUUGGCUGAGUUGUACAAAAUGUAGAUGAAACCAUCAGUGUCAAAACCGGAUUAUGUAAAACAAUUCAAAGCAACGCCUCUGUUAGUGUGAAUAUUUUAGUUUUAAUGGCUUUGAUACAUUUUGAUGUUUUGAAAAAUAAAUCUACAAAACCAAA